AUGCCUCUUCUUUUUCUCUUUGUACUUUUCCUAAUUAUGGUGAGGAAACAUGGAUGGCAACUACCAGCUCACACCUUUCAGGUUGUUGCAAUCACUGUCUUCUUCUUAUUGGUGAUUGCAUUUUAUGCUUUCUUUGCUCCUUUCCUUGGAGGCAAAAUCUGGGAGUAUGUGCUUAUCGGGACUUACACUCCAGUGGUACUCCUUGUCUUUAUUCUAUAUGUUCGGUGUACUGCAAUCAACCCUGCAGAUCCUGGCAUUAUGUCUAAAUUCAGUUCCGAUGUAGCAAAUAAACUCAAUAUGAAACAUGGGUUGUCAGUGAAGGAUCUGCCCAGAAAAUUUGAUGAAACUGGAAGUGCAAUGCAUUCGUCGUUUUCAUCGCCGUCCAGAAGUUCUAUAGCUCCAGCAAACUCUAGUAAGAAAGGCUCAGUGGGAGAAGUCGAGAGAGUAGAGACUGGAGAGCAACCUCCGACCAGAAAAUCUCCUCAUAACGUUGGUUUAAUCUUCUGUGCACUGUUUGUUCAUGAAGAUUGUCGCAAACAGGAAGGGAUAGCUGAGCAACAGGGCAACGGUGAAGAUGCUUUGUUCUGUACAUUGUGCAAUGCUGAGGUACGCAAGUUCAGCAAACACUGUCGAAGUUGUGAUAAAUGUGUUGAUGGUUUUGAUCACCAUUGCCGGUGGCUUAACAAUUGUGUGGGGUACAAAAACUAUGUGACUUUUAUUUCUCUAAUGGCUACUAGUCUUGUUUGGCUUGUACUCGAAGCUGGAGUUGGUAUUGCCGUCUUUGUACGUUGUUUUGUUAACAAGCAAAGCAUGAAGGUUGACAUUGUAGAAACACUUGGAAAUGGUUUCUCUAUAGCUCCUUUUGCAACAGUUGUGAUUGUGUGCACUGUAGUUUCAAUCCUGGCGUGUGUACCUCUAGGUGAACUUUUCUUUUUCCACAUGAUAUUGAUCAGAAAGGGUAUUACCACCUAUGAAUAUGUUGUGGCAAUGAGAGCAAUGAGUGAAGCACCUGCCGGAGCAUCCGUGGAUGAAGAAAUGGCAAACAUACUAUACUCUCCAUCAGGAUCUGCCACAACUGGUUUCAGUGGUGGAAGUUCUCUUGGCCUACAGUACAAGGGAGCAUGGUGUACCCCUCCUCGGGUAUUUGUGGAUUAUCAGGAUGAAGUCAUUCCUCACCUGGAGCCUGGGAUGGUCCCAUCAACUGUCGACCCGGAUGCUGCUGGAGCUGCAGAAAGAGGCAACAAGCUUCCCAAACGGCCAGUUCGAAUUAGUGCUUGGAAACUUGCAAAAUUAGAUUCCACCGAGGCUAUGAGAGCAGCAGCGAAGGCCAGGGCAUCUUCGUCCGUUCUAAAGCCAGUUGAUAAUCACCGUUUGCCAGAUACUGAAUAUAGCUCCAGUGGCAAUAUGAGUGUCAGAAGUAGUGUGAGCACUGAUAUGGGGGCAAACAAAGAGAUCAAGAAUGAGCCGAGAUUAACAGGUCUAGGAAACUCUUUUGCUCCAAGUCAAGGAAGCCGGGAUGAGUAUGAAACUGGGACUCAAAGUGUUAGCAGCUUCAGCAGCCCAACCAAUGUUCAUGAAUCAGUCACACUCAGUCCUCUACCACAAACUCAAGGUCUAGGUCGUUUUAAUGCAGCAAUCUCAGCCGCUGGCCUCAUUCCCGAUCAUCCUGUAACUUCGAAAGCUCCUUUACCUACCGCCAACAACCCAUUAUCCCAUCCUUCAUCAGGAUUUGAUGAAAAAAUCAUGCAGAAGGGAAGUAGUACCGAUCCAUUACUUCUUUCAGCCCCAGCCACCUCUCUUCUUAGAGAUGUAAAAAGGGCAUCUGUGGUUUGGGACCAAGAUGCUGGGAGGUAUGUAUCAGUUCCUGCGUCAGCUUCUGAAGCUCGGAGUAGAACAGCUACGCAAGCAGUAUUGCCAAAAUCCAAUUCAGAAACAAGCAAUGAUGGUAGAAGGCCAGCAAUGCCUCCACAACAGUCUUCAUCAUCUGCAGCUAAAGCUCCUGCUCAGCCAGCUGAGAAGCUGAUGUACACAGGGGACUCCAUAUUCUUUGGUGGUCCACUUUUGAGUGUCCCUGCUAGGGAUGGUUUGAGAAACGAGGGCAGCUCAGGUUUGAGAGAGGCCCAACAGCGAUUUGCAUUGCAUUUACCCCGAGAGUCUAGAUUCAAAAGAGAUUCAGUAUCAAACCAGCUUCCAGUGUUUGUCCCUGGGGGUUUUGAUACCAACCCCUCUUCUGGUUCUGGUUUGAGGUAG